AUGGUUGUCAAGAGGGUGAGAGUGGUCAGCACCGGUAGCAUUCCCGUGAAGUUGUUCGCAACAGAAGGGCAGCAGGGGAGAGCAUGGCGCAUCAGAGCAAGCGGAGGAGGAGGAGGAGGAGGAGGAGGAGGAGGAGGAGGAGGAGGAGGAGGAGGAGGAGGAGGAGGAGGAGGAGGAGGAGGAGGAGGAGGAGGAGGAGGAGGAGGAGGAGGAGGAGGACUGACAGGUGCUGGAGAGAUUCCUGAGCCAUCCCUUCAGGAGCACAUCAGUCCUGAGCCAUCCCUUCAGGAGCACAUAAGUCCUGAGCCAUCCUUUCAGGAGCACAUCAGUCCUGAGCCAUCCCUUCAGGAGCACAUCAGUCCUGAGCCAUCCCUUCAGGAGCACAUCAGUCCUGAGCCAUCCCUUCAGGAGCACAUCAGUCCUGAGCCAUCCCUUCAGGAGCACAUCAGUCCUAGGCCAUCCCUUCAGGAGCACAUCAGUCCUGAGCCAUCCUUUCAGGAGCACAUCAGUCCUGAGCCAUCCCUUCAGGAGCACAUCAGUCCUGAGCCAUCCCUUCAGGAGCACAUCAGUCCUGAGCCAUUCUUUCAGGAGCACAUCAGUCCUGAGCCAUUCUUUCAGGAGCACAUCAGUCCUGAGCCAUUCUUUCAGGAGCACAUCAGUCCUGAGCCAUCCCUUCAGGAGCACAUCAGUCCUGAGCCAUCCCUUCAGGAGCACAUCAGUCCUGAGCCAUCCCUUCAGGAGCACAUCAGUCCUGAGCCAUCCCUUCAGGAGCACAUCAGUCCUGAGCCAUCCCUUCAGGAGCACAUAAGUCCUGAGCCAUCCCUUCAGGAGCACAUCAGUCCUGAGCCAUUCUUUCAGGAGCACAUCAGUCCUGAGCCAUUCUUUCAGGAGCACAUCAGUCCUGAGCCAUCCCUUCAGGAGCACAUCUGUCCUGAGCCAUCCCUUCAGGAGCACAUCAGUCCUGAGCCAUCCCUUCAGGAGCACAUCAGUCCUGAGCCAUCCCUUCAGGAGCACAUCAGUCCUGAGCCAUUCUUUCAGGAGCACAUCAGUCCUGAGCCAUUCUUUCAGGAGCACAUCAGUCCUGAGCCAUUCUUUCAGGAGCACAUCAGUCCUGAGCCAUCCCUUCAGGAGCACAUCAGUCCUGAGCCAUCCCUUCAGGAGCACAUCAGUCCUGAGCCAUCCCUUCAGGAGCACAUCAGUCCUGAGCCAUCCCUUCAGGAGCACAUCAGUCCUGAGCCAUCCCUUCAGGAGCACAUAAGUCCUGAGCCAUCCCUUCAGGAGCACAUCAGUCCUGAGCCAUUCUUUCAGGAGCACAUCAGUCCUGAGCCAUUCUUUCAGGAGCACAUCAGUCCUGAGCCAUCCCUUCAGGAGCACAUCUGUCCUGAGCCAUCCCUUCAGGAGCACAUCAGUCCUGAGCCAUCCCUUCAGGAGCACAUCAGUCCUGAGCCAUCCCUUCAGGAGCACAUCAGUCCUGAGCCAUCCUUUCAGGAGCACAUCAGUCCUGAGCCAUCCCUUCAGGAGCACAUCAGUCCUGAGCCAUCCUUUCAGGAGCACAUCAGUCCUGAGCCAUCCCUUCAGGAGCACAUCAGUCCUGAGCCAUCCCUUCAGGAGCACAUCAGUCCUGAGCCAUCCCUUCAGGAGCACAUCAGUCCUGAGCCAUCCUUUCAGGAGCACAUCAGUCCUGAGCCAUCCCUUCAGGAGCACAUCAGUCCUGAGCCAUCCCUUCAGGAGCACAUCAGUCCUGAGCCAUCCCUUCAGGAGCACAUCAGUCCUGAGCCAUCCCUUCAGGAGCACAUCAGUCCUGAGCCAUCCCUUCAGGAGCACAUCAGUCCUGAGCCAUCCCUUCAGGAGCACAUCAGUCCUGAGCCAUCCUUUCAGGAGCACAUCAGUCCUGAGCCAUCCCUUCAGGAGCACAUCAGUCCUGAGCCAUCCCUUCAGGAGCACAUCAGUCCUGAGCCAUUCUUUCAGGAGCACAUCAGUCCUGAGCCAUUCUUUCAGGAGCACAUCAGUCCUGAGCCAUUCUUUCAGGAGCACAUCAGUCCUGAGCCAUCCCUUCAGGAGCACAUCAGUCCUGAGCCAUCCUUUCAGGAGCACAUCAGUCCUGAGCCAUCUCUUCAGGAGCACAUCAGUCCUGAGCCAUCCCUUCAGGAGCACAUCAGUCCUGAGCCAUCCCUUCAGGAGCACAUCAGUCCUGAGCCAUCCCUUCAGGAGCACAUAAGUCCUGAGCCAUCCCUUCAGGAGCACAUCAGUCCUGAGCCAUUCUUUCAGGAGCACAUCAGUCCUGAGCCAUUCUUUCAGGAGCACAUCAGUCCUGAGCCAUUCUUUCAGGAGCACAUCAGUCCUGAGCCAUCCCUUCAGGAGCACAUCAGUCCUGAGCCAUCCCUUCAGGAGCACAUCAGUCCUGAGCCAUCCCUUCAGGAGCACAUCAGUCCUGAGCCAUCCUUUCAGGAGCACAUCAGUCCUGAGCCAUCCCUUCAGGAGCACAUCAGUCCUGAGCCAUCCUUUCAGGAGCACAUCAGUCCUGAGCCAUCCCUUCAGGAGCACAUCAGUCCUGAGCCAUCCCUUCAGGAGCACAUCAGUCCUGAGCCAUCCUUUCAGGAGCACAUCAGUCCUGAGCCAUCCCUUCAGGAGCACAUCAGUCCUGAGCCAUCCUUUCAGGAGCACAUCAGUCCUGAGCCAUCCCUUCAGGAGCACAUCAGUCCUGAGCCAUCCUUUCAGGAGCACAUCAGUCCUGAGCCAUCCCUUCAGGAGCACAUCAGUCCUGAGCCAUCCCUUCAGGAGCACAUCAGUCCUGAGCCAUCCUUUCAGGAGCACAUCAGUCCUGAGCCAUCCCUUCAGGAGCACAUCAGUCCUGAGCCAUCCCUUCAGGAGCACAUCAGUCCUGAGCCAUCCUUUCAGGAGCACAUCAGUCCUGAGCCAUCCCUUCAGGAGCACAUCAGUCCUGAGCCAUCCCUUCAGGAGCACAUCAGUCCUGAGCCAUUCUUUCAGGAGCACAUCAGUCCUGAGCCAUUCUUUCAGGAGCACAUCAGUCCUGAGCCAUUCUUUCAGGAGCACAUCAGUCCUGAGCCAUCCCUUCAGGAGCACAUCAGUCCUGAGCCAUCCUUUCAGGAGCACAUCAGUCCUGAGCCAUCUCUUCAGGAGCACAUCAGUCCUGAGCCAUCCCUUCAGGAGCACAUCAGUCCUGAGCCAUCCCUUCAGGAGCACAUCAGUCCUGAGCCAUCCCUUCAGGAGCACAUAAGUCCUGAGCCAUCCCUUCAGGAGCACAUCAGUCCUGAGCCAUUCUUUCAGGAGCACAUCAGUCCUGAGCCAUUCUUUCAGGAGCACAUCAGUCCUGAGCCAUUCUUUCAGGAGCACAUCAGUCCUGAGCCAUCCCUUCAGGAGCACAUCAGUCCUGAGCCAUCCUUUCAGGAGCACAUCAGUCCUGAGCCAUCUCUUCAGGAGCACAUCAGUCCUGAGCCAUCCCUUCAGGAGCACAUCAGUCCUGAGCCAUCCCUUCAGGAGCACAUCAGUCCUGAGCCAAAGAUCCUGAGCCAUCCCUUCAUCAGCAUAUCAAUGCUGGCGCACAGACAGCAUGGGACUUGA